AUGUUGGAAAGAAAAAGUACAACUAAAUUUAUUGGUAAUGUAAUAGAAGAAGCUAAUUUGUUAGACAAAUUUUCAUCUUUAAAUAAAAUUUUACGUAUUAUGACUUAUUGUUUAAGAUUUAUAGAUAUUAAAGUAAAUAAAACAUUGUUUAAAACAAGUGUUAUAAAUGCAGAUGAUUUAAAUAGGACAAAUAUUAAUUUAAUACGUAUUGUGCAAAAUAAUUAUUUUGCCAAAGAAAUUAGUUGUUUGAUAAACGGUAAAGAGGUGUCAAAGAAAAGUAAAUUGUUACGAUUAAGACCGUUUUUAGACGAUAAACAUUUAAUUAGAUUUGGUGGUAGACUGAAAAAUGCAUUGUCUAUUGAUGAAUGUCAACGUCAUCCUAUAGUGUUACUUGGUGAUAAGUGUAAAUACGCGCGUUUAUUAUUUCUACGCGAACAUGAACGUCUAAUGAACGGCGGCCCGCAGGCGAUGUUAUCUACUGUUAGAUUAAAUUAUUGGCCAUUGAACGCACGUAGGACAGCAAAAGGCGUAUUGCAUCAUUGUAUUAAAUGUUUCCGAUAUAGACCGGUUGUAGUACAACGCAUUAUGGGCCUUCUACCUAUUAGUCGUUUUAAACAGGGAAGAGCCUUUUUAAUAAGUGGUUGUGAUUUUGCCGGACCGCUGAUGAUAAAGGACAGUCUUAGAAAAAGGACAUGUAUAUUAAAAUGUUACGCUUGUAUAUUUAUUUGUUUUUCAACAAAAGCAGUUCAUAUUGAAUUAGUGUCUGACUUGAGCACGAAGUCAUUUUUAAAUGCAUUAGAUAGAUUUUUUAAUAGACGAGGGAUUGCAAAAAUCUUAUACAGCGAUAAUGCUACAAAUUUCGUAGGAGCUAAUAAAUAUUUAAAAGAAGUUUACGAUUUAUUUCAAUCUGAAGAGUACGAAAAUCAGCUGAUUAAGAAUGUUGCGGAAAAAGGCGUGGAAUGGCGAUUAAUUCCUGCGCGCUCGCCUCAUUUUGGGGGUUUGUGA